AUGGCGGAUUCUCUGCUCUCAUCCAUUGCUACCUUUCACACUACAAAAAUCAUUGUCACAGAUCCAACCAAGUACUCUUUUAUUGGAUCCAUCCCUGAAGCAAUGCUCGGUCGUAUCUCUGCAUCGCAGGUUGACAAGCCAACAAAGAGGGGUAAGAAGCCUGAUAAUCAGAAGGAGGGACCUGUCUCUAAACCAACCAAGGGGCAAACCCCCAAGAAGCAAAAGUCUGAUAAGGCUACAAGUUCUCAGGCUCAACCGAAGAAGCAGAAAAAGCCUGCUAGGAGGCUUAUACUACAAUCCACAAGUGAUUCAGAUUCAGAGUAUGUCCCUCCUAAGCAUAAGAACGCUCCUCCUUCAGAAUCUGAGAGCGAAAGCUCUAACGAAGAGGCUUCGAGCCGAGGUGAUACUCCGCCUCGCUCCCCUACCCAAGAAAUUCCAGUUCGCUCUAACCCUCCUUCACCUUCACUUGUAACCAUCCCAGUAUCCAUCCCUCCUAUAUUUCCCAUUCCCACCACUCAACCCUUCACUACAAUUCCUAUUCCUACUCCCAUUUUCACAGAUACCACUACUACCACAGGAGCUCACUUUACUGCUCCCAAUCCACCAGUAACCGAACCACCAGUCACAACCGACCCUCUAGCUACUUCAAAACCCUUAUCACCCACUCAAUCUACCGAAACAACCCCUAUUCUAGGCGGUGAGGACUUGGAAUUUGUUUCCACGUAUUACCGUGUGCAAAGCGAUGAUGAUAACGAUGAGCUUGUCACAAAGCGUCAUCUCAAGGCGGUAAAUGAAAAGCUUGAUCAACUGCUUUUAUCCUCCUCUUCCGACGCUUAUUCUGAAGUUGUAUUGAAGGCCUUGUUCUCCUCUAUUGUUACAAAACACAGUGCCACAUUAUCUGCUGCAGCCAAACCAAUUAAAGCCUCUACUUCACAGUGUCAACAAGCCUCUCUUGCUGUUGAUGCUUCUACUAAGGAGUGCAAGGAAGCGACCGCAAAAGCUGCUGCUGCAAAGAGCGCUCAAACUGUCAACGCUUCAGUGGAGAACCUUCAACGGUCUCUUCAAUCUGAACGUUCCAACCUCGCAGCUGCACGCCAAGCCAUUGAAGCAACCAACGAAACUCUACACGCUAACGUCAAUGACCGAUUGACUCAGCUAAAGGCGGAGUUAGCUGUAGAGAAUCGGAUUAUGGAUGAACUACACAGGUGCACCUCACAGCUCAAACUGCAAACCCACAAGCUACGUUCUGCUAAUGCUGAGCUUAAUGACCUAAAUUCAAAAAGGGAGUUCAUUAGGAGUUCUGCUGCUGAUGUUCACUCCAUCCUCCUUCCUCUCAUUGAGGCUCACACUCUGAUCAUUACCAUAACCAUCUGGCAGACAAGCUCAGAACAGCAUUGGACAUCCUUAGUCGCAUCGAGGGUGUUCCGGUGA